CUUUCCCUCCGGAUUCAAAUCGAAUGCGUCGACUCAUUCUUCCACCCCUCCGCUUGCUCACUACUGCAGUAGAGCAGCCAUGGACGUCGGCGCGUUCAGCAGCGACUGCUCCUCGGGGACGCCGUCCCCGGUCGGCGGCGACGACGGCUCCUCCUCGUACAUGACGGUGUCGUCGGCGCCGCCCAAGCGGCGCGCCGGGCGGACCAAGUUCAAGGAGACGCGGCACCCGGUGUACAAGGGCGUGCGCCGGAGGAACCCCGGCAGGUGGGUGUGCGAGGUGCGGGAGCCGCACGGCAAGCAGCGGAUAUGGCUCGGGACUUUCGAGACCGCCGAGAUGGCGGCGCGCGCGCACGACGUGGCCGCUCUGGCGCUGCGCGGGCGCGCCGCAUGCCUCAAUUUCGCCGACUCGCCACGGCUGCUCAGGGUCCCGCCGGCGGGCUCCGGGCACGACGAGAUACGGCGGGCGGCGGCCCAAGCUGCCGAGCAGUUCCGGCCAGCCCCCGACCAGGGCAAUGUGGCCGCCGAGGAGGCGGCUGCUACACCAGGCGCCUUGUCUAGCGUGACGCAGACCGCGGAUGAUCACCCGUACUGCAUGAUUGACGAUAGGCUCGACUUUGGGAUGCAGGGGUACCUCGACAUGGCUCAGGGGAUGCUUAUUGACCCGCCACCAUUGGCAGGUUCGUCUGCGACUGGCGGCGACGAAGACGACGACGGUGAGGUCAAUCUCUGGAGCUACUGAUCGUGCGCGUUUGAAGCAAGCUAACUUGCUUUGGACGCAGAACUUCCAAUGUACAGGCUAUGGGAAUCUAGUACGAGCCAAAUAUACCCCUGCUCUUCUGUUCUGAUGAAGUGUGAUCAGGAGAAGCAUAAAAUGCGGUUUAUCUGCAGUUUGGUAGGCGGUUGAGCGUUGGUGCUAAAGAUCAGUAGAUCACUCUUUCUAUGCAUUAUGCAUAAGAACGGCGAUCUUGAGAGUGUUAUCAUGAGCACUUGAGUAAUAAGCAGCAAUGUAUGUGGCGUGAUAUAUGAAAUUGGGAAUGGUCCAGUGGUAUUGCUGCAUUGACUUGACAUGUUGCAGGGAUCAGCAACCAGAUAUAAAAAGCUAGACCUUUAAAUCCA